GUCUUACUAAACCAAUUACUGCCGCUUUAGGAAAUAUUAAUUAUGUGUCGGAACGUUAGAACGCGUGUCACAGUUCACCGCGGAGGAAUUUAGUUCCGGACCAUUUUGUUUCGUUUAUUAUUAUCCGACUCCUGCAAACAUUGACCUGACAUAUUGUGCAAUGCCAAUGAGGGCAGUCAGGACUUAGGUUUAUGAGAAUCGUGAGACAUUUAUUUCGUACUAUGGUUCGUUUGCUAAGAGAAUACUGUAGUUAGUGAUGCACCCUCAGAUGUUCUGUGGCGGCGCAGCAGCGGCCGUCGCUGCCAGGAGAGUGCGGAACAUUUUGGGUUCUGUCCUGGGGAGAGACGCGUGGAUAUGGAGAACACAUGAGGUCAGACUGGUCAGCACAUCCUCGGGUGACACAGUGAAGAUUGGCGAGAUCUCUUACAAGAUAAACCCCCCCCAGAAUCCAGAACUUGUUCCUGUUAAACACAUUUCAGGCUCUUUCUCUCAAACUGUGGCUCAGCACUUACGAUGGAUUAUGCAGAAAGAUCUUUUGGGCCAGGACGUCUUCCUUAUUGGUCCCCCGGGGCCCUUGAGACGAUCCAUAGCUAUGCAGUACCUUGAGUUGACCAGACGGGAGGUGGAGUAUGUGGCCUUGUCCAGAGACACCACUGAGACUGAUCUGAAACAGAGGAGGGAGAUCCGCUCAGGAACUGCCUUCUACAUUGACCAGUGCGCUGUGAGGGCAGCAACACAAGGUCGAGUCCUGGUCCUGGAGGGCCUGGAGAAGGCAGAGAGGAACGUUCUGCCCGUCCUGAACAACCUGCUGGAGAACAGAGAGAUGCAGCUGGAGGACGGACGCUUCCUGAUGUCGGCUGAGCGUUACGACAAGCUGCUGCAGGAACACUCCAAAGAGGAGCUGGACAGCUGGAAGAUUGUCCGCGUAAGCGAGGACUUUCGGGUCAUUGCACUGGGUCUUCCUGUUCCUAAGUACAAGGGCAACCCGCUGGAUCCUCCCCUACGCUCUCGUUUCCAGGCACGAGACAUCUAUUACCUCCCCUUCAAGGACCAGUUGGAGCUGUUGUACAGCGCAGGGCCUAACAUUGCAGCAGAAAGGGUGUCCCAGCUGCUGUCAUUAGCCACCACACUGUGCUCCCAGGAGUCAUCCACCUUGGGUCUUCCUGACUUCCCUGUGGACAACCUGGUUCCUGCCCUUCAUGUGCUGAAUGCGUUUCCUAUGCUGUCCGCCCAGCAGCUGGUCCAGAGACUUUACCCCUACAGCAGUAUCUUGGGCAAAGACGGGUGCCAGGCAGUAGAGGGUGUACUCCGGAGGUUCGAGCUCCUGGAUGCUUGUCGUCACCCAGCGCCCAGCACCAUCUCAACUGUGUCAGCGACAAAGGAUCCUGAGGGCUGCGCAUAUGUCACCAUACGGGUCGGCGAGCAGGAUGUCACCGUGCAGGUUCCUGCAGGCACCAAGGAGCCUCAACCACCCCUCACUGGCCCCAGCUUCAUCAGCACACCGAGCCACUCCCAGCUCAUGGCUGAGAUGAUGCAGUCACACAUGGCUAAGGACAUAUGUCUGAUAGGAGCUAAGGGCUGUGGGAAGUCAGUAAUUGCCAGAGAGUUUGCAGAGAUUCUGGGUUACAGCAUAGAGUCCGUCAUGCUGUAUCAGGACAUGACGGCCAGGGACCUACUGCAGCAGAGGUACACGCUCCCUAAUGGAGACACCGCAUGGAGGCCGUCUCCGCUGGUCACUGCUGCCAUCGAGGGCAAGCUGCUGAUUCUGGACGGCAUACACAGGGUCAACCUAGGAACCUUGGCUGUGCUGUCAAGGCUGCUUCAUGACAGAGAGUUGGAUCUGUAUGACGGCACCAGGCUGCUGAGAUGGGACAAGUACCAGGCUCUAAAGGAACAGCUGCAGUUCAGUGACCAGCAACUGAAAGAAAAGUCAAUCGUCCCCAUCCACCCUUCGUUCCGGGUGCUGGCCCUGGCAGAGCCACCUGUUGUAGGUGGAAGCAGCAGCAGAGGUCAGCAGUGGCUGGGUCCAGAGCUGCUCACUAUGUUCCUCUACCACAGAGUGGCCCUGCUGUCCAAAUCAGAGGAGAUGGACCUGAUACAGGGACUGAGUCCUAAUGUUCCAAAGGAAGCCGCAGAGCAGCUGCUGCACCUCACACACAGCCUCCGCGGGACAAACGACCCCACAGCGCAGUCUCUGGCCUCGUCUCUCUCCACCAGGCAGCUGCUGAGGAUCUGUCGCCGCCUCUCUCAGUACCCUGAGGAGAGCGUCACUCACGCUGUCAACAAGGCCUGUCUCUCUAGGUUCCUCCCCAGUCUGGCUCGUGCGUCUCUUGAAAAAAGCCUCAUCAGCUGUUCCAUUCAGCGCGAACCAGAUGCUGCAGAGCAUCCAUCUGAUGUCAGCUGUGCAGUGGAGGACGGUGUUCUGACCAUUGGAAACGUGUCCACUCUCGUCUACAGCUCCGGUGUGAAAAUGAAGGUUCCUGACGUGCUCUUCUAUGAUAAUCCCCAGCACCUGAUGGUGAUGAAGGACAUGUUGAAAGACUUCCUGCUGGGAGAGCACCUGCUUUUAGUGGGCAACCAGGGUGUGGGCAAAAACAAAAUAGUGGACCGGUUCCUGCACCUUCUCAACCGGCCCAGAGAAUAUCUACAGCUGCACAGAGAUACGACCGUCCAGACCUUGACCCUGCAGCCGUCAGUCCAGGACGGCAUCAUCAUGUACGAGGACUCCCCUCUGGUAAAGGCAGUGAAGCUGGGUCACAUUUUAGUGAUCGACGAGGCAGAUAAAGCUCCCACCAACGUCACCUGCAUCCUGAAAACCCUGGUGGAGAGCGGAGAGAUGAUCCUGGCCGAUGGACGCAGAAUCAUCUCAGACCCCCGUGAAGCUGAGGGGAGGCCAAACACCAUAGUCAUGCACCCGGACUUCAGGAUGCUCGUCCUGGCCAACCGGCCUGGCUUUCCCUUCCUGGGAAAUGACUUUUUUGGAGCUCUAGGUGACAUCUUUAGCUGCCAUGCCGUGGACAAUCCGAAGCCCCAGGCAGAGCUGGCCAUGCUCAAACAGUACGGACCCGACGUUCCUGACGCCACCCUGCAGAAGCUGGUGGCUGCUUUCGGAGAGCUGAGGUCCAUGGCCGACCAGGGCACCAUUACCUACCCCUAUUCAACACGCGAGGUGGUCAACAUUGUCAAACACCUGCAGAAGUUCCCCAGCGAGGGUUUGGCCAACGUGGUGCGAAACGUUUUCGACUUUGACUCGUACAACAAAGACAUGAGGGAGGUGCUGAUGGAAGCGCUCCACAGACACGGUAUUCCCAUCGGAGCUAAGCCCAGCUCCGUUAACCUGGCUAAGGAGUUGCCUCUGCCAGAAGUUAAGAUGACGGGAUACUGGACGACCAACCAGGGAGGCAACGCUCGCCGCAAGCUGCUCUGUCCCACGGAGACGCGACCCAUAGACGUGAAGGGCCCCGUGUUCCUGCGUGUUCAGAGUUACCCCUGCAGCCGACAGGAGAGCAGGGCUUUGAGUUUCAGCGAGGAGAAAGCUCACUGGCAGAUUCCCAUGAACGAGGUCAACAUCAUCUGUGACGUCACCACCAAAGAUGACCUGCUGUAUGUGUCCACGUGUAACCCGGUCUGCCUGUACUCCAUGAAGGAGAACGGAGACGCAGUCCAGUGCGUGGAGCUCUACGACGUCUUCCCCAGGACCAUCAGUGGCGUCUGGCAGCCUUUGGUCACUGUCGCUCCCCUGGGGAGUCCUCUAGACGGACAGCUGGUGCUGCACGAGGAGCAGACUAACACCGUGCUCCAUCUGGACCUGGUGACAGGCGCCGUGCGGAGGCUCAUACUUUGUGCUGACAGUGACCCGCCCUCGCCCAGAACCUCCAACUGGUGGAGCAGAAAUGAGCAACAGAAAGGACAUAAAAUGUGCCGGGAUUUCUCCCACAAAAACUGGCUCCUGUUCUAUGAGGAGGACGGGAAUCAGCUGGACGUGCUGGAUGUGCUGGAGGGCCGCGUUCACUCCAUCUCCCUUCCCAUCAAAAUGAAGUCUGUGUUCCUGGUGGCAGAGGACCGCUGGCUCCUCCUGGAGAGCAACACCCACAAGAAGUUCCUGUUGACCAAGCCGCUGCACAUGUCAGCGGAGGACCCGGAGGUGUGUCAGCUCCACAGCAUCAGCGAGGACUGGGUCAGCGCAGCUGAGACGACGCUGCCCCAGACACUGUCGAGUGAACAGCUGCCCAACGAGAACCUCAGCGCUGCUCUGGACCAGAAGAUCAUUUCACCCAACCGCCUGCUGGUCGAUGGCGGCUCCUUCGCUCGCGUGGUUGUCGGCUUCCCAGACCUUAUGUCCCCCAACGAGGUGUACAGCUUCCAGAGGCCUGUGGACCUGUCGGCCAUGACGAGUGGGGAGAGCGGGGCUCACACCUUCCUCAGAGGGGGACUUCGCUCUAGCAAAGCCAAAAGGGAGAACUGUGUCACUCUGCUGUCAGCCAAUCAGGUGGUUCGAGCCCUUCCACCAAACAAGGUGCCUCUGAAAGAGGUUUACCCAAAAGAUGUAACGCCUCCUAUGACAGCAGCGUACUUGGAGGUGACCGACCUGAGCUCCAAGAAACUCAAAUACAUCCCUGUGCCGAGGUCACUGACCGUGUCUCCAUACACCAACUGGGUGUCUAAAGUGUCUGAAUCCGAUGUGCUGAUAGCUGCCCUCGGUUCUGGAGGUGUGGUCUCGGUGGACAUGGGCGGCUGCGUCCGGCUCUGGGAGACGGGCCUGGACACCCUGCAGCGAUCGCUGAUGGAGUGGAGGAACAUGAUUGGGACAGAGGAUGGCCGACCCAUACAGAUCACCGUCCAGCGGGACAGCGGCCUGGAUGUCACAGCCCCAAAACAUGGCAAGAUCGACGCCCGCAACGCUCCUCAUGUGGGGGGGAACCAGUGGGCGGGAGGCACCGGUGGCAGAGACACGGCCGGCCUGGGGGGUAAAGGGGGCCCCUACCGCCUGGAUGCAGGCCACAGAGUCUACCAGGUGAGCCAGGCUGAGAAGGAUGCGGUUCCAGAAGACGUCCGCAGAGCAGCGCGGGAAAUGGCCGAGAAGGCUUUCAAAGAGAGGCUGAAGGAGAUCGACAUGAGCGAGUACGACGCCGACACGUACCAGCGCUUCUCCAACGCCGUCAGGAGACAAGUUCAGUCGCUUCGCAUCAUCCUGGACAGUCUGCAGGCUAAAGGGAAGGAGCGGCAGUGGCUGAAGAACCAGGCUCUGGGGGAACUGGAUGACGCCAAAAUCAUUGACGGGCUGACAGGAGAGAAGACUGUGUACAAGCGCCGUGGAGAGCUGGACCCAGAGCUGGGCGCCCCUCAGCAGAAGCCCAAGCGGCUCCGGCUGCUGGCCGACGUCUCGGGCAGCAUGUACCGCUUCAACGGCGUGGACGGCAGGCUGGAGCGCUCCAUGGAGGCUGUGUGCAUGGUCAUGGAGGCGCUGGAGAGCUACGAGCACAAGUUCAAGUACGACGUCGUUGGCCACUCGGGUGACGGCUUCGACAUCGAGCUGGUCAGAGCAGACGACGUCCCCAAAAACGACAAGCAGAGACUCAAAGUGCUGAAGACCAUGCACGCCCACGCCCAGUUCUGCAUGAGCGGCGACCACACGCUGGAGGGGGCGCUCGCCAGCAUCCAGCAGCUGUCGCGAGAGGAGGCCGACGAGCACUUCGUGGUGGUGCUGAGCGACGCCAACCUGGAGCGCUACGGAAUCCCAGCCGAGCGCUUCGCCCGAGUCCUGACCUCCGACCCGCAGGUCAACGCCUUCGCCAUCUUCAUCGGUUCCCUAGGCGACCAGGCUGAAAGACUCCAAAAAACCCUUCCAGCGGGGAGAUCCUUCGUUGCCAUGGACACCAAGCAGAUCCCCCAAAUCCUGCAGCAGAUCUUCACGUCCACGAUGCUGUCCAGUGCCUGAGCCUCAGCUUCAGAGCCUCGUACGGGAUCAGACACACGUCUUAACCUGUUGCUGUCUUUAAUCGUGUUUUCGUCCUACAGCUCCCUGACGCGUGUUCGCACAUGUUCCUUCUAUUUUGGGCCAUGAGCGGCUUCGCUUGCAGGGAAGGGUCACCGGCUUGAAACCCUACGCUGACUUCCUGCCCAGUUUGUGAACGUGUGGGAGGAGGUGGUUCUCCUUCCUCAUUCUUCACUACGCGUGUGGAUUUGGACUCGGCGCUGCCCGGUUCUGCAUCCAGCUGUGCAGUGGGACACUGAUGAUUAAUCCCCAGCUCCGAGGCCUGGAGGGCAGGAGGCGGCCUGUGGCCUCCUGAGCCUGCUCUGACCUCCCGCUGCUCAUUAGUCCUUAACUUAUUUGUGUCUGUAGGUGAUUUUCUCUUUAUUACAAUCAUAGUGUUUCAUUGACACUAACUGUUAAAACAUGUAGAGUACAACCAUGUAAUAAACGGCGUCACCGUGGCGACGACGGAGUCAAUCA